GUCUUCCCCCUUCAUAGUCCCCAAUUAAUAAUCCUCCACCCUCCUCCUCCUCCUCAUCCACCUUCCUCUUCCUCUCCUUCUUCUUCACUGACAUGUUUGGCCUUUUAUGUGUGCUUCUCUAACUUUCUCCAAAUAUUCCAAGGGAGCAAGAAGUUUUCAUGGCGGACCGGUCUAGCAGUUCGCGGAGGAGCGGAGGCGGUCGGAGCCACCAGAGGCAAGCCUCUAUUGACUAUGAAGACUUGGAAGAGGAAAAUGUCUGGUCAGCCGCACAGGAGAGAGGAGGAGGAGGAGGAGACUACACGAGGGGGGCUGCUGGCCCUAGAAUGAUUCCGAGAGGAACCCCGUCGGCCAAUGAGGCUAGUACACCUCAUCAUUCCUCAACCCCGGUAAACAUACCCGAUUGGUCAAGGAUUUAUGGGAAGAGCAAAAGAAAGGUGGAUGGUUUUGGUUUUGGUUUUGGUUCCGGUUCCAGUUCAGCUGUCAUGUGGAACGAUUUCCAACAAGACAAGGAGACUGGGGUCCGGGAUGAGGAGGAGGAGGAAGAGGACGGGGAGGAUGAGGGUGGAAUUGUUCCACCACAUGAAUGGAUUGCUAGGAAGCUUGAAAGGAGCCAGAUUUCAUCCAACUCCAUGUGUGAAGGGAUAGGGAGGACCCUCAAGGGGAGGGAUCUUAGCAAAGUGAGGAAUGCUGUUUUGACCAAAACCGGAUUUCUAGAGUAGGAUCGGUUAGAUCGGGACUAUGAGAAUAGUAGAUCGUCGGCCUUACUAUUAUCACUAAUUAUAAUCGUGGGGUUUGGGUAUAGUUGAUGGUUCUAAGUUGAGAGGGCCAAGUCACGAUCCUCACUAUGGCAUGUGGGAGCAUCACUAUCAUCAAAAAGAGGAGAGUUAAGGAAAAGAGAGAGAGAGAGAGAGAGAGAGAGAGAGUCAGGAGGGCUCUCACAUUUUGGUAUUCUUUUGGUUGUUUUGUCAUUUAUAUAUUCCAAAAUGAAAACAAAAAAUGAGAAAAUGUUAGCUGGGCCUGCAGUUUUGUCGCUUUUCAAUCCUUGGGGUGAAAUCGAAAUUGGAAUUUUGUUGUCAAUGGAAUGAAUGAUGCAGCAGGGAGAAGGAUGUGUUAAUUGC